ACACCACAGACAUUCAACCUCUACAAUUAUCUUCUCCUUCUCUUUAAUGAUUACAAUCAAAAUGAAGCCUAACGUUAGCAGGACGUUGCCAAAGGAAAACGUAAAAGCUUCCGUGUGGAAGAGAAUUAUCAGCCGCCGUAUUCUGAAACGAAGAAGAGAGAGGAAAUUGAAUUUGCUUUAUUCAAUGUUGAGAGUUAUACUGCCCAAAUCUAUCAAGGUAACAAAGCAAAUUUCAGACUCCAAAGAUUUAUCAAAUGGUGAAGGCUGCAGCUCAUCCUUAAUGGCUGGUCUCCCAGCAGAGAAUACCCAGGUUUUGAAACCAUCUGAACUAAAGGAACGUGAUGUUACCAAGAAGGUCGACGUUCUUGCCCGAAAAACAGAAUGAGUGCCUCAAGACUGCAGCAGUGGAAAACAUAGAGCCAUAUAUAUGGAGGAAGUUUGUGCUCUGGUUAUAUUAUAAUCCAUUGAAGAGUGAACGUUUCUUUCUGCCUUAAGAUUUUCUUGACUGCAUUGAACAUAUAAAUAAAAUAAAAUAAAACCUUUCUUGAAACUUUCAA